AUGGAAGUAGAGUGGCCAGAUAUGCUGAUGUUACAUUUAAUAGUACAUGAUGUAUAUAAUACAAGCAAAGAUAAUUUAUGUCUAUAUGGAAAACCGUAUAUAAAAUUUUAUUGGAAAAAUAUAAAAUACAAGAAUUAUUUUAAAUGCGGAUCAGACGAAAUAAGCUAUUUUUGUGAAUUUUUUUUACCUUACAAGUCAGGAGAUUAUAUAGAAAAUUUGAUUAUUCAAAUAUGGGCAAAUAGCUAUUUUAAAAAAAAAAAAAAAAUUGCUUAUAAUUAUAUAAAUAUAAAUAAUGUUGAAAAGGAAAUUAAAAUUGAUGGAAAAAUUGAAUUAAUUGGAAAAACAAAAGGAUUUAAAAUGAUUUACACAUUACAAAUUAUAUAUUACUCUUUAUAUAAAUUUAUGAAAACAAAACGAAUAUUAAUUUUAGAAAAUAUUUCUAUUUAUAAAAUGUUACAAGUGUAUAAAAAAUAUGUUAAUUCACCUUUAGAAUGUAAACAAAAUCUUCUUGAGCAAUAUCUUCUUUCUUUAUUUCAUACAAAUGAUUAUUUUAAAAGUGACACACCAUUACGUUUAAAAUCGAAACCAGCACAGGAUGUGGCUUAUAGAACUAAUCAAUGUCAUAUAGCUACCAAUACAAAACCUUCAAAAAAUAAAAUUAUAUUAAAAGAAAUAAAAAGUCAAAAAUUUUAUAAAAUACCAAGGAUAUGUAUUCAUCGCGAUAAAAUAUCAAAUAAAAUGGAAAAAACAAAUAUGGAUGCUAAAUUGUCUGAACAUAGUGAAAGUAGCAUACAAAAUGGUAUCCAAAAUAAUAUACAGAAUAAAAAACAGCUAGCUAAAAAUGUUAAAGAAAAUUAUAGUAUUAGUAGUAACUAUAGCUAUGAUAGCAAUAAAUAUGAACAUAUAAAUUGUAAAAAAAUUGCAAAUCCAUCUCAAAAUAUGAUUUACAAAAUUAUAAACAGUAUCAAUCAAAAGACUAAAGCGCAAGCUAUUAAACCCAAUAAUGCUAAAGCAAACAAAACAAAACAUUUUAUUGACAUUCGAGGAAAAAAUCCAAAUAAAUUUAUAGAAAAUGAAAUCGACAAAACUUGCAAUCUUAAGUUUGUAGAACUAUAUGGCUUGAAAAAAAAUUAA